AUGGUAAACAAAGUGUUCCAGUCUCAGAUAGGCCGAAAUCUGGAGGUAUACGUGGACGACAUGAUUGCAAAGAGCAAGCAAGCAUCUGAACAUGCUGCAGACCUCCGAGAAACAUUCACAACCCUCCGGAGACACCAAAUGCGACUCAAUCCAGAUAAAUGCGUGUUUGGAGUUACUGGAGGAAAGUGCCUUGGUUUCCUUGUUGACAAAAGAGGGAUAGAGGCAAACCCCGACAAAAUUAAGGCAAUCCAAGAUAUGAAGUCCCCCAGAUCCGUAAAAGAAGUGCAGAAACUAACAGGGUGCCUAGCAGCCUUAGGGAGAUUUCUAUCCAAAUCCGCGGACAAAUGCUCCCCCUUCUUCGAAACCCUAAAGCAAAGCAAGUUCGAAUGGACGAGAGAAGCAGAAGAAUCAUUCCAGGAAUUGAAAGAACACUUGUCUACCUUGCCGAAAUUAGUAUCGCCCAUCAAAGGGGAGAAGCUAGUCCUAUAUGUCUCUAUUUCCGAAUACUCGUUAUCCAGAGUACUAGUGGCGGAAAGAGAAAAGAAACAGCUUCCAAUAUACUAUGUGAGUCAUGCAUUUCGGGGCUCAGAGGGGAACUACUGCGAAGUGGAAAAGGAAGGGAAAAAUAAGUCAAGCCGCGUUACAGAUUGGGCAAACCAGCUAGCAGAUUUCAGAAUCGAGUAUGAGCCUCGUACGAGAGUCAAAGCCCAGGCUCUGGCCGACUUCAUUGCCGAAAGUACUCUUCCCCAUCAUCCUGAACCCAAUCAAGAAUGGAAGUUGUAUGUAGAUGGGUCCUCGACACAAUUAGCAAGUGGGGCUGGACUCCUCAUUGAAUCGUCCGCCGGGGUCCGUAUGGAAAGGGCGGUAAGAUUCGAGUUCGCGGCGUCCAACAAUGAGGCUGAAUAUGAAGCUUUAUUGAUGGGGCUGAAAAUCUACUACGAGGCAGGGGGUAAAAUAUUGUCCGCAUUUUCUGACUCCCAACUAAUAGUUGGACAAGUAAAUGGAGAAUUCGAGGCCAAAGAUGAAAGCAUGAAAAUGUACUUACAGCAAGUAAAGGAAUUUGUUCAGAAAUUCGACAAAUUCACUUUGGUCCAUAUCCCAAGAUCCCAAAAUGCACAAGCUGAUUCUUUGGCAAAGCUGGCUAGCUCAGCUGAAACAUCCGUGGCUCGCGACAUCAUCUGGAUGGAUCAGAGAUGUGGAUGGAUCCCUACAUCAAGUUCUUGCAGAAUCAGACGCUUCCCCAAGAUGAAAAUCAAGCAAGAAUGGUCCAGAAAAAGGCCAGAUGGAAACUAUAUCCUUCGCGAAAUACACGAAGGCGGAUGUGGUAUACAUCAAGGAGUGCGAACUGUUGUAGGAAAGGUUCUCAGAAGCGGAUAUUAUUGGCCCUCACUCAGGAAUGUCGCGGAAUCCUUAAUCAAAAGAUGUCCUGAAUGUCAAUACCACUCAAAGAUUGGGAGGAAGCCAUCAAAUUACUUGACCGCCAUGCAAGCCGUCCUGCCUUUUGACAAAUGGGGCAUGGAUCUCCUCGGCCCCUUCCCACCUUCCAAGGGCCAAAGAAAGUUCAUCAUUGUGGCUAUCGAUUACUUCACCAAGUAUGUGGAAGCAGAGGCUCUUAGCUCCAUCACAGACAAGCAAGUCUGUCAGUUUCUAUGGCGGAAUAUUAUCACAAGAUACGGCAUCCCUCGUGUGAUCAUAACAGACAAUGGAAGGAAAUUUGUUAGCAAGAACACCAUCGAGUAUUGCGACAGGUUCAACAUCCAAAUCAGGUUCAGUUCUGUAUCUCGACCUCAAACUAACGGGCAAGUUGAGUCCGCAAACAAGGAAAUUCUCAACGUGGAAAUAGGCGUACCCUCUACACGGGUCACCUACUACUCACACGCCGAGAAUGAGGAAGAUAAAAGAACAAACUUAGAUCUCCUACCCGAAACAAGAGGAAACGCAUUGUUGAGAUCGAUAGCACAGAAGCAGAGAAUGAUUCGUAGCUUUAACCGUCAUGUCAAAACAAGACGUAUUCAAUUUGGGGACUUUGUACUCCGCAAAGUCGAGGCUACGAGAAAGAUAGUGGAAAAAGGGAAGUUAGGAGCCAACUGGGACGGCCCUUUCAAAGUCACCCGCCUGAAUUUUUCCUGGCCGCAACGUCGACAAGUCGGACCCCAUGAUAGGGGUCCUGAGUUCAGAAUCAGACUAAGUAAAUUUUUAAGGUCAACCAGCCGUGACAUCGACAUGUCGGACCCUCAAAUCGGUUCCAAGGCUGAGAUUGUCAAAUCUACUAAUAUCUUUUAG